CAUCCGCCGGGAAGAAACGUUGUGCGAGGAGGGCGGUGGGACGCGUUCCCAGGGAAGCGGGGGAUGCCCCGUCGUUGGAAGUGGUCACGGUCAGGUUGGACGGGGCUUUGAGCAACCCAGUCUAGUGGAAGAUGGCCCUGCCAUCAGCGCAUGGGUUGGGCUGGAUGAUCUUUGAAGGUCCCUUCCAACCCAAACCAUCCUGCGAUUCUAUGACCCGAGACCCCAGUGCUGCCCCAAGGCUCUCGCUGCCAGCCCCCCUGCCCCGUGGAGCAAGAACGCCUCCCCCAGUCCCCUGACAGCCAGAUAGUCCCACAUCUGCAUGGGGAACAACCUCCUUGCUUGGUGGGUUAUCACAUAACCACACCUGAAUGUCUCCAUCGAGCACCGAGUCUGGUGACUGUCCGCCUCAUUCCCUUGCCAGAUCCACGAUCCUGCAGGAGAGCAAGUCCCUGCUGAAGAGCCAGACCGCGUCGGACCAGGCGGUGGCAGAAGCCCUGUGUGCCAUCAUGCUCCUGGAGGACAGCUCUCCACGCCAGGCCCUUGCCGACUUCCUCCUGGCCAGGAAGCUGGCCAUUCAGCAGCUGCUCAACCAGCCGCACCACGGUGCAGGUAUAAAAGCUCAGGUGUGCUCACUGAUGGAGCUGCUAACCACUACCCUGUACCAGGCUCAUGCUCUCUUCUACACCGUGCCUGAGGGGAUGCCACCAGAUCCAGCCCUGCCCUGUGGCUUGCUCUUCUCGACCCUGGAGAGCACCACAGGCCAGCACCCAGCAGGGAGAGGUGGUGUUCUGGAGGAUGGGAUGAAGCUGAGCAGCUGGUUCAGGUACCUCCCGGAGUCCGUGGUGGAGUUCCAGCCGGCCCUGCGGACCCUGGCACACCCCAUCAGCCAGGACUACCUCAGAGACACGCUGCAGAAGUGGAUCGCCAUGUGCAGUGACGACAUCAGGGCCGGGGUCAGCAACCUGCUUGUCUACGUGAAGAGCAUGAAAGGCCUCGCGGGGAUUCGCGACGCGGUGUGGGAGCUGCUGAUGAGCGAGUCCAUAAGCCAGAACUGGGAGGCGGUGUGCCGUCGCCUUUUGGACAAGCCUGCUUCCUUCUGGGAGGAUCUGCUGCAGCAGCUCUUCCUGGACAGGCUAGAGACACUGACCAAAGAAGGGUUUGACUCCAUCUCGAGCAGCUCCAAGCAGCUUCUCACCUUAGCUCUGCAGGAACUUGAAGUCAAACCCGGCACCUCUACCCUGAGCAAGCACGUCCAGUUUGAACACAACGCAGCCCUGUUCCUGUGGUCAGAGAGCUCCAGCGACCUGCCUUCCGACGCCGCUUGGGUCAACGUGGCAAACCGCGGCCAGUUCGCCAAGAGCGGCCUGUCCAUGAAGGCCCAGGCGCUCACGCCAUGUGUGCAGAGCUUCUGCUCGGCUCUGGACUCCAAGCUGAAGGCCAGGUUGGACGAUCUCCUGUGCUACCUUCCCGCGGACUCCUCGGCUGCCAAGGAGGCUGCUCCCACGGUGCAGCCGCGCUCUGCCUUUGACCGCUACGCCGAUGCCAGCACAGUGGAGGGGCUGCUCCGUGACCACUGCGUCACCUGCAUCCACCACGUGCUGGGCUGCCUGCGCGAUGAGCUCCAGAGUGCCCAGAGCCUGCUGGGGGGGCAGGCGGACGCUCCCAGCGAUGCCAGACUCAACGCUGUCCUCUUCAUGGCGAGACUCUGCCAGUCCCUGACCGAGCUCUGCCCUCACCUGAAGCAGUGUAUCCUGGGCCAGUCAGGCAGCACGGAGAUGGCGCUGAAGGAAACCCGCUCCACCAAGAAGCUGGGGAAGGGGAAAGCCCAGGAAGUGACCCCCGCGCAGGCCAAGUGGCAGGGGGUGAAGGCAGAGCUCCUGCAGCAGAGCCUGUUUGCUUACCAGAUCUGGAGCUCAGCUGUCACCAAAGGUCUGGUUCAGUGCUUUAGCCACACGUUGCUGCUCGACACAGCUGGCUCUGUCUUGGCCGCAGCCACCAACUGGGAUGAAAUUGAAAUUCAGGAGGAAACGGAGUCUGGAAACAGCGUAACAUCAAAGAUCCGGCUGCCCGUGCAGCCAUCCUGGUACGUCCAGUGUCUCCUCUUCAGCCUGUGCCAAGAGGUGAACCGGGUCGGUGGUCACACUCUUCCAAAAGUCACCUUGCAGGACUUGCUGAGGACCUGCAUGGCCGAAGUGCUUGCUGCCUAUGAAAAGCUUGUGGAAGAGAAGCAGGAGAAGAAAGCAGGCACCUUCCCCAUGACCCAGAACCGAGCUCUGCAGUUACUCUACGAUCUGCGGUACCUGAGUAUCAUCUUGACGGCGAAGAGCGAGGAAGCAAAAACCAGCAGGAUCAAGCAUGACUCCGGGCUCGAGAAGGUGGCUGACUUCCUGGAGGGACACAUAGAUCCGUUUGACUUGGAUGUUUUCACUCCACACUUGAACAGUAACCUCAAUCGCCUGGUUCAGCGAACCUCCGUUCUCUUUGGCUUGCUGACUGGGACAGAGAACCAGUACGCCAGCAGGAGCGGGGCUCUGAGCUCCCAGGAGCUGCACAACAUCUUGCCGUUAGCAUCCAGCCAGAUCAGAUUUGGACUUCUGCCGCUGAGCAUGUCGAGCUCGCGAAAGAGCAAGUCUGCUACCAGGAGCACAGAGAGAGCUCAGUGCGAUGCUGACCUUUAACUCCUGACGGAGCCUGGCUUGGGUAUUUAAGUCUGUGUGAACGGAGUGGUUUGCUUCUCUUGCAAAGGCUCUGUGUUGUCCUGGUUCUGAGUUUUAGCAGUAGACAACCAUGCUGUUGCUACUUGUCCCCCAGUUUAAAACAUCCGCUUCAAUGGAGUUCUCUAUGCUGAGGAUUGAGAGCGCCAAGGAAUACCUCGCCGCUACAGGAAGCAGUCAUUCAUAAUCUGUUUCCUUUAGCUAUUUUUAACCCAAUAAUCCAGCUGUGGGGCUGUCUUUUCAGCUGGGACAGAAGAGUCAAGGUCUGGUUUUAUCAGAGCAGAGCGUUACUUGAGAUGCUGAUGUUUACUCUGCAACUCUUAGUCUCCGUUACUCGGAAGCAUUAAGGACCAGACAUAGCGUAAGGGUUGUUUAAAAGCCCAAAGCUUCACAAUAAAGGUAUUUCUUUACCUCUUACACCUCAGCUGUAGUAGAGCGUAGAAUUGUGCUGUGCUGUUUGGCUCGCUCCUACCACUCCCCUCGCCUGCUGUGGUGGAACACGUACGUCCUGCACCAGUCACACUUCUCAGAGUCCCCAAGAGAUGCUGCUUCCUUUUCUGCUGAAACAGUUCAGGAGAGGUUAAAGUCUCUGGUUACUCAAGAACAGCUCUCUGCAAGCUGUACUUCUACCGUGCUGUUACCCCCCUUGCUCUGAGAGCAACAGCCCCUUCCCCGCAGUUCAGAAUGAUAUUUUUUUUUUGGAGCAGUGAAUGACAUCUGCUAAGUUACCUGUUGU